GCACUGAGUUUUAUGUCAAACAUGUGAUGAUGAAGGGAUUUUUAGACUGGAGGGAGGUGGGAAUGCCUACUCAAUGGAGUAGGGAGCUCCAUUUCUUCCUGGUGUUCAUAAAAUUUCUCUUCCAGGUGAAACAGGCAACCAACCAAAUUGUGAUGAACUGCGCUGACAUUGACAUUAUUACAGCUUCCUACGCGCCAGAAGGAGACGAAGAGGUACAUGCCACAGGGUUCAACUAUCAAAAUGAGGAUGAAAAGGUUACUCUCUCCUUUCCCAGUACUCUUCAGAAAGGGACAGGGACGCUGAAGAUAGACUUUGUAGGGGAGCUGAAUGAUAAAAUGAAAGGUUUUUACCGAAGUAAAUACACCACCCCUACUGGAGACACACGCUACGCUGCUGUCACUCAGUUUGAGGCUACUGAUGCUCGCAGAGCUUUCCCUUGCUGGGAUGAGCCUGCUAUUAAGGCAACAUUCGAUAUUUCUUUGGUGGUUCCUAAAGACAGAGUAGCUUUGUCAAAUAUGAAUGUCAUUGACCGGAAGCCGUACCCGGAUGACGAGAAUCUGGUGGAAGUGAAGUUCGCUCGCACCCCUAUCAUGUCGACGUACCUUGUAGCGUUUGUGGUGGGAGAAUACGACUUCGUAGAGGCCAGGUCCCUCGACGGCGUCCUAGUGCGUGUUUACACUCCUGUUGGCAAAGCGGAACAAGGAAAGUUUGCGUUAGAGGUUGCUGCUAAAACUCUGCCUUUUUAUAAGGACUACUUCAAUGUUCCUUACCCUCUUCCUAAAAUUGAUCUCAUAGCUAUUGCAGACUUUGCUGCUGGUGCCAUGGAGAACUGGGGCCUUGUUACUUAUAGGGAGACGGCAUUGCUCAUUGACCCCAAAAAUUCCUGUUCUUCAUCUCGCCAGUGGGUUGCUCUGGUUGUAGGACACGAACUGGCUCAUCAGUGGUUUGGAAACCUCGUGACCAUGGAAUGGUGGACCCACCUCUGGCUGAACGAAGGAUUUGCCUCCUGGAUUGAGUACCUGUGUGUCGAUCACUGUUUCCCGGAGUACGAUAUCUGGACUCAGUUUGUUUCUGCUGAUUACACACGAGCUCAAGAGCUUGAUGCCUUAGACAACAGCCAUCCUAUUGAAGUUAGUGUUGGCCACCCGUCUGAAGUAGAUGAAAUCUUCGAUGCAAUUUCUUACAGCAAGGGAGCCUCUGUAAUCCGGAUGCUGCAUGACUACAUUGGUGAUGAGGACUUCCGGAAAGGAAUGAAUUUGUAUUUAACGAAGUUCCAGCAGAAGAAUGCCGCUACAGAGGACCUCUGGGAAAGCCUGGAAAAAGCCAGUGGUAAACCUAUUGCUGCUGUGAUGAAUACAUGGACCAAACAGAUGGGAUUUCCACUCAUUUAUGUGAAAGCUGAACAGCAAGAAGAUGACAAAGUGCUGAAGUUAGUGCAGAAGAAAUUCUGUGCCAGUGGACCGUAUACUGGAGAGGAUUUCCCCAUGUGGAUGGUCCCCAUAAGUAUUUGUACAAGUGAUGACCCCACCUGUGCCAAAAUGCAAAUACUGAUGGACAAACCAGAGCUCACCUUGGUUUUGAAAGACAUCAAACCCGAUCAGUGGGUGAAGUUGAACCUUGGAACGGUAGGGUUUUACCGUACUCAGUAUAGCCCUGACAUGCUGGAGAGCUUAAUACCAGCAAUCAAGGACCUCUCCCUACCCCCUGUGGACAGGCUUGGCCUGCAGAACGAUCUUUUCUCUCUGGCCCGAGCUGGAAUCAUUAGCACUGUAGAGGUUCUAAAAGUCAUGGAAGCUUUUGUGAAUGAGCCCAAUUAUACUGUGUGGAGCGACCUCAGCUGUAACCUGGGGAUCCUCUCAACUCUCUUGUCCCACACAGACUUCUAUGACGAAAUCCAGGUGUUUGUGAAAGACGUCUUUUCCCCAAUAGGCGAGAGACUGGGAUGGGACCCCAAACCUGGAGAGGGUCACCUAGAUGCCCUCCUGAGAGGUCUGGUCUUGGGAAAACUAGGAAAAGCUGGGCACAAGGCAACAUUAGAAGAAGCCCGACGUCGAUUUAAGGACCAUGUGGAAGGAAAACAUAUUCUGUCGGCUGAUCUGAGGAGUCCUGUGUAUGUAACUAUUUUGAAGCAUGGAGAUAGUACAACUUUAGACACUAUGCUGAAGCUUCACAAGCAAGCAGACAUGCAGGAGGAGAAGAACCGAAUCGAACGAGUUCUUGGAGCCAUCUCUCAACCAGAACUGAUUCAAAAAGUUCUCACCUUUGCACUUUCAGAAGAGGUACGUCCCCAGGACACGGUAUCUGUUAUUGGUGGAGUAGCUGGAGGCAGCAAGCAGGGGAGGAAAGCUGCUUGGAAAUUUGUAAGGGACAACUGGGAGGAACUUUAUAAUCGAUACCAAGGUGGAUUCUUAAUAUCCAGACUAAUAAAGCUAACAGUGGAUGGAUUUGCAAAUGAUAAAAUGGCUGCAGAAGUUAAGGCCUUCUUUGAGAGCCACCCAGCUCCAUCGGCAGAACGCACUGUCCAGCAGUGCUGCGAAAAUAUUCUGCUGAACGCGGCUUGGCUGAAGCGGGACGCCGAGAACAUCCACCAGUAUUUCCUGCAGCGCAAGGCCCCGCCGGCCCUGGUGUGAAUCCGUGCAUGCCGCCGCUGCAGUCCUGCUGCCGCCUCAUGGGGAGAGGGAGGAGCUACCCAACAGCUGAUUCAUAUGCCAAGAAUUUGGAGUCCUUUUUCUCAAACCAAUGGGGAUUGGACAAUGAAUGUAGUUAACUGGUUCCUGCUCACACUCCAGAUUGAAAUUCUAUUAAAAUUAUCAGCAAUUCAGCAAAAAGAAAAGAGAGAAAAAUCUGUAAAUAUGAUAGUAAUAAAAUAGAGCAUAACAAAACUGUGAAACUUCCUCAAGCCUUGUCAGUGGUUAAAAUAUUUAACACCCCCCUCCUGACACUCUUAUUGACA